CUGCGGUUCCUGCCGGCUUGGCGCGGGGCUGACGGGCCGGGCAGGGCCGGGCUGCGCCUCCCGUGUAAAUGCCGGCUUUGUUGGAGCUGGAAACACGAGCAGAGUUGUCAUCCUUGUAACGCGGUCUUUGUGAAGCCUUUGUACAUACGUUGCCGUGAUUUCGAAGCGCUCUGUUGGCUCGUGGCAGCGUUCUGCUGCGCUGCUUCCAUCCGUGGUUCCAUAGACACAGGCGGUUCUACAGCCCUCAGGACAAAUGGACUUUAUGCCUUCAGUUACUUCCCUGCAAAGCUUACACGAAACCUGUCUGAAACUUGAGCCAUCACCAUUGGGCCAGAAGACGCUUGUGCCGGCCUUGCCGUAAUGCUCUUGUUUGAGAGCUGCUUGCUGUUGGCUGUUGCUAUUGUCCUGUUUUCUCUUGCUGGAGAAAUACAGCACAACUUCAUGCUUGGAAGGUCAAAGUAUUGUUUUACAGAUGCUGAUGGAGAUCUCAGCACUUUCUUUACAUCCCGUCUCUGUCACUUGGCUUACACUGCUGUUUCCUUCUGUCCUUUUCUUUCUUUCUUUCUUUCGCUUUCUGAAUUAUUUAAAGGCCGUGGCACAUCGGAUCGUGCACAACAGCAGCACUGCACUAACACAGCAGGUGUUUCUUCUGGGGCAUUGUAAAGGAGAUCAAUGCGAUUUGAAACUGAGCUCUGUCUCUUUGUCAGGGUGGAAAUCUCUCCCUAGUUUGCUAGGGCUAGUUUUGCUGUCUGUUUUCCUCACUUCUUGCCACCAAAUGGCAGCAGAACUGAUCUUAGAGCCUGGUCAGAGAUGAACCUGGUACGGCUGUUACCAGUCCAUGGAAGGAGAGAGCAGAAAGGCAUCAGAUGAAGGAAGGAACUGUUUGCUUUCAUGUAGGCACUCAGUGGGAAGUCAGCCAUGCAAAUGAUUGCAUCAAAAAUAGAAGGCUGUGUUGUUAGAGAUCACAGCGUCAGGAGUGUGAAGUGUCGGAAGAGCAGAAGUAGGAAACCUGGUGAGAGCUGGUCUGAGAUGGUGUGACGUUGAGCAGAUGGUUAAUGGCAAGUUGCCUCUUAGUGCUUCACAAGUGUUCCUGUUCAGAUAAGGGAACUUGUGUAAACCCUUAUUAAUAAGAAGGGGAAGCUUUUGUGCCGCUGAGUUAUGGAGGAAAAACAUGAUGUGAUGUACAACGGGGCCUCUCCAAAUCUUUUAAUUUCUUAGCUCAUUUUCUACCAUUGUCCUGCUGUUACGCUGCUCACAAUUCUGUUCCAGCCUGGCUGUGGCUGGGCAGUGUGCAGGAUUGAUGCAUUGAUGUGUUACAGUGGUUGGGUACAGCUGUGGCAGAAGAGUCAGGUCUUAGUAACACAUCUCAGGUUUUGCUGUUCUUCAAGGCGCAGAGAAGAUGCUACUCCAGCAUUUUGCAUCAAAAAUCUCAUUGCAUGUAGAAUUAGUUCCUUGUUGCCUGACUAGUUUUAUUAUAAGGAUAUUAGUUACGUUAUACUGCUGGCACUUUGUCUUCCUUUCGCAUGUUGCCAUGGUGGGGGCUUGCCUUACUGCAGGGUUUAGAUGGCUGCUGUACAUGACCUACUUGUGGUGUCCUUAGAGUUACAGUGUCCUUGUAUGUCCUUGUAUGUCCUUGUGUUGGCUCCUUGCACGCUGGUCAGGUAUUUAGGUGUUUCCAGAGAAAUAUUCUUUCAUGAUGGGAUAUUCUGUUCUGAGAGAUGUUCUGUGAGAGGUGCUGAGAGCAGUGCCACCUCUGCAUUGCUGGGCUUUGCUGUUUCUUAUGCCAAGGUAUCAGUGCAGUAUGUGCAGUACACAUGCAUUGGCUGCUGCUCUGUGUUCCCAUAUCUGCUGUUAUAUGUGCUAUAUGUGCUACAUGUGCUGAUGGUUCUGUUUGUUUUUGCCAGCAGCGUGUUCUCAGCCUGUAAGUUACUGUCCAGCCUGCAUCAUUACAAGAUGCCUGAACCAUUUCGCUUUACAAACCUGUAUUACUGCAGUGCCUAAUAGGGCACUUCCUUACUUACUGUGGUUAAUAGUUGGUGUGGAACCAUGAUGGUACUCUGACCAACACACCAGCAAUGACUAGAUGGUGGUUUCUCUCCCUCAUGUAUUGCAUUGUUGUUCAAAGUGCCUGGCAUUUCUUUCUGCUCUUAAUGAGUGACCUGUUAAAAGGAAUGCAUAUGUAUUUCAGUCUGAUUGUUGUGUUAGGCCAAAAAGGGCUGUAAGUGUAGGGAGAGUAAAGAGGGUUUGUCGUACAUGAGAGGGCCUGGAAGAGCUAAUCUUCCUCUACCUUGGCUUGGAACGCACCAUGUGGCGAGGUCAGUUGUGUUUAGGUAACCAAAGAAUGUGUAAAAAUGAGAUCAAGCCUGUUUAGAAAUAGGGCAGUAAAUUAAGCGUCUCCACUGUGACCAUGUUUGUCAUAAUGCAGCAGUGUGCUGGCAGUUAGAUAAUCCACGUUGGACUCUGCUCUGGAGCUGUGUCCAUGCUUUCAUUUUCAGCUGGGGUCGCAGUGUGAUCCUCGCUUUGCUGUGAACAAGCUUUGUCUCAGACGUGCUUGAUGCCUCUUGGUUUUUGGUUGGUUUUUAGUGUCUUGAGAGUUAGGAGGACCUUCUUGCUAGGAUCUUUUUUAAGCUUAUUAAAAAAUAAAAUUGUGCACUAGUAUAAUUAAUUAUUCUUUAGUCUCGUAAAGCAAUUGUAGAUUUUUAUGCAGAAUUUGUUAUUAAUUUUUCCUUCUGUUAUUUAAUGUUUUCAGUAAAGCAGAUUUCCAGUCCUGAUUCAGGCUGUCCUGGGCGUCCUGCCUCUCAGUUAUCUCUGGGGCUUCCUCCCUCAGCCAUGCUGAGUUAAGGACGUGCACAAAAACCCUUUUUAUCCUUUUCAGUAAAUGUAGCACUAGGAACAGGCUGGGGGCAGGAGUGAAGAGUUGGGUCAGUUGGAUCAUUCAACACGAAGGUACUUGUGAGUGUCACAGCUCCUGCUGUUUUUUGUUUACUGUUUGACAAACUGCUUUUGUUACCUGUGUGGAAGUACUGCUGGUGAUGCUGAAGCAAUUAAGUCUUGGGCAUUAAUUGGCUAACGAGAGAGAUGAAAUAAUUUUAUAGAUCGAGGAGUCAAGGUUCCAAGUUUCCCUGUUGUAAUCCUGUUCUUUUGGCUCAUACAAGGUGGUUACCCGUGGGUCAGUCAGUUCUAGCAAUGAAACACUUCGCUAGCAUUCUUUUGAUUCUUCUGACGAGGAGCAGAUGAUUUCCUAUGCAAAAAAUAGCUUUGGGAACAGGAGAGGAAGCUUUGUGUGCUGCUUUCUGUUGGCAUGCUGUAAGUGAGAUCCUGGUGUUGUGCAGAGUGCGUUGGUAGGGUUCCUGUUUUGUUGAAUGGGUGUCACGUGUGGCCCAAAGCUGAUAUAGUGCCCCGUUUCCACCUGCUUUGGGACUUUCUGCAGUAAUCAGUGAUGUGGCUUAGUUUCAUGUGGUCUGAUAUUUGUCAGUCAACAUGGCAGAUAGAUCUGGGGUGGAGGAGGAAGCAUCUUGAUCAAGCACAUUAGAUGCUGGUAUUAAUGUAUUUACUUACUGCUUGUCUGGUAGUCUGAUAGCAUAGGCUGGGUCUUCCCCAUGCACUAUGUAAUGACAAGCUGUGCAGAGUCUGCUCUACCAGGCAUGCUCCUAGUUACAAAGCCCCAUGGUCCCGCUCUGCCCUCUGGGUGCAGCCCACCUGUGUCUGACGGGCUGUGCUCAGUGAUACACUGGAACGCUGCUUGUGUCGGGUCCUUGGUCCUUCAUCUGGAGCCUUGUGGUUCAUUCCGAGGGUAUCUGCUCUGUGUGUAAAGCCAUCUGGAGGAAAGGUGAUAUCUCAGAGCUGGAAUUGCUCCAUAUUUGCUGUUGACCGUGAAUAAAACCUCAGAGUCACUUUGUCAGUACGGGGGGUUCUGUGUGGUGCCAGCUGAUCAGCUGUUGAACUUGUGUUGUGCCAAAGUCUGGAGAAAACAGCUGCUUCCCAGCAUGUCACACUGCUGUGUUAAGGACUGUUCAGAGGGGAAUGGUUAUUACUACACAAAUGCUAUUGGCUGUGCUUCCUCGUUAAUAGGUGAAUUUAAGAAAUAUCCCUGGACACCAUUAAAGACUAAAAUUGUGGUUUGUCUGGUUCCAGUUGUGGUUCAGUACCUCUGGACUCACUGCUGGCAUUUAUAUUUGGAUUUACACUUUCGAGGUCUGGAGUCAAACUAACCUCUGUAUUUCAGAACGCAGCUGAAUGGAGCUGAAAGGGCCACAGACGAAAGAACUUGAACGCGUUUCUGAAAGUUUAAGAUGUGUCUGACAGUGACUUGCUUACCUUAGUAACAAAGAAGAGUAUUUCAACAACAGCUUAGGAUACCUGUAUGCCAACUUAUUAACCUACUAACUGGAAUGGUGUUCUGACAACAGUUCUCCGUAGCAAACUGCUCGCCUUGCUACAACAGUAGUGUUUUCUCUACUGAUAAUGCAGCUCAAUGGAGGAAAAUAAUGUUUUGAUAAGCAUGCGAGAAGACCAGUCUUUUCAUGUGCGAUACAGGAUGGAGGCUUCUUGCCUGGAGCUGGCUUUGGAGGGUGAGCGCCUGUGUAAAGCAGGAGAUUGCCGAGCUGGUGUGUCUUUCUUCGAAGCAGCUGUUCAGGUUGGAACUGAAGACUUAAAAACACUCAGUGCUAUUUACAGCCAGCUUGGCAAUGCCUAUUUCUACUUGCAUGAAUAUGCAAAGGCCUUGGAAUACCAUCACCAUGAUUUAACUCUUGCAAGGACAAUUGGAGAUCUGGUGGGAGAAGCUAAAGCUAGUGGAAAUCUGGGCAACACCUUGAAGGUACUUGGAAACUUUGAAGAAGCAAUUGUUUGUUGUCAAAGACAUCUGGAUAUUUCCAGAGAGCUUAAUGAUAAGGUUGGAGAAGCUAGAGCACUGUAUAAUCUGGGAAAUGUUUAUCACUCUAAAGGGAAAAAUGUGGCUUCUGCUGGGACACAUGAUCCAGGGGAGCUUCCAGAGGAUGUGAAAAAUGCUUUGCAAAAAGCUGCUAAUUACUAUGAGGAAAACCUGACAAUAGUCACAGAGCUGGGUGAUAGAGCAGCACAAGGACGUGCCUUUGGAAAUCUGGGGAACACACACUACCUUUUGGGCAACUUCAGGAGUGCAGUUUUAGCCCAUGAACAGCGUCUCCUAAUUGCAAAAGAAUUUGGUGAUAGAUCAGCAGAAAGAAGAGCCUACAGCAAUCUUGGAAAUGCCUACAUAUUCCUGGGUGAAUUUGAAACCGCUUCUGAAUACUACAAGAGGACAUUACAGCUGGCUCGGCAGCUUAAAGAUAGAGCUGUGGAAGCACAGGCCUGCUACAGCCUUGGAAACACAUACACUCUGCUUCAAGACUAUGAGAAAGCAAUUGAUUAUCAUUUGAAACACCUUGUGAUUGCUCAGGAAUUAAAUGACAAAAUUGGUGAAGGGAGAGCAUGCUGGAGCUUAGGGAACGCAUAUACUGCUCUGGGCAAUCAUGACCAAGCCAUGCACUUUGCUGAGAGGCACCUGGAGAUCUCCAGAGAGGUAGGAGAUAGAAGUGGGGAACUCACUGCUCGACUUAAUCUCUCAGAUCUUCAAAUGGUUCUUGGAUUAAGCUAUAGCACAAACACCUCCAUGAUGUCAGAAAGCCAUGCGGUAGAUAACAGUCUGAAUGGUACCCGGCCAAGGGUGGGACGUCGUCACAGUAUGGAAAACAUGGAACUUAUGAAACUAACACCCGAAAAGGUUCAGAACUGGAACAGUGAGAUCCUUGCUAAACAGAAACCACUCAUUGCCAAACCUUCAGCAAAACUGCAUUUUGUUAAUCGACUCAAAGGCAAAAAGUAUAAAAAUGGCACCACUUCCAAAGUUCUGCAGGAUGCCAGUAAUUCUAUUGACAGCCGCCUCCCCAACUCUCAGAGGAGAAACAGUCGAGAAACAGUGGCAGAUGAAGGGUUCUUUGAUCUGCUGAGCCGAUUCCAGAGUAACAGGAUGGAUGAUCAGAGAUGCCACUUCCAGGAGAAGAACAGAUUCUCAGCUGCUUCAGUAGCAACGUCCUCUACUCCACCUAAAACAAUACGAAAAUCCUUUUCUGCUUCUGUAGUCUCACCCCACACUGAUGAAUUUCUGGAUUUACUUGCGAGCUCACAGAGCCGCCGCCUCGAUGACCAACGCGCCAGCUUUAGCAAUCUACCUGGUCUGCGUCUUAACCACCGCACGAGUCCGUCUGUGCUGGGCCACUUAAUGGCCAGUAACAACAGAGAGCUAGAUGAGGACUUCUUUGAUAUAUUAAUAAAAUGCCAGGGUUCCAGACUGGACGAUCAAAGAUGUGCUCCUCCACCAUCUGCAAAAGGACCAACUGUACCAGAUGAGGACUUUUUCAGCCUCAUUGUACGAUCCCAAGCUAAGAGGAUGGAUGAACAAAGAGUCCACUUACCCUCUGCUAUAAAAGGACCAAGUUCUAGCUGAGGAGAUGCACAGCUCACACUGUACAGUAGCAUCUUUUGUUUUUGUUUGCUGGAAAAACAUAUGUGUCUUUUUACAAAGGA